UAUAAAACCAGACGACGCACGAUUCAGAAUGCAGAAAAUCGGAAAAGUCGACACCCAUCAAGCCAGAAGUACAAUCAAGUCCUCAUCCAAGAUGCAUUCUUACAUGAAAAUGUGGAUCGGUUGGGCAGCGUGCGCCUUCCUCUUGUUCGCCUGCUUGGGAACUCUUACUGAAGGCUAUCCGACAAAACCCGACAACCCGGGAGAAGACGCACCUGCGGAAGAGCUCGCCAAGUAUUAUUCAGCAUUAAGACACUACAUCAACCUGAUAACAAGGCAGAGGUAUGGCAAAAGGUCCAGUGCUGACACCUUAAUUUCAGACCUCCUGCUUGGUGAAAUAGAAUCCCACCCCCAGUCCAGAUAUGAGGACCAUUUGGUGUGGUGAUCUCAGCAAUUGUGUGCUCAUCAGUCAUGUUCAUGUGUCAUCCUGUGAGCUGUUCAACAUUACUACACCAACCAGAUCUCAUAACAUUGAAAUCCUUGAAACUUCUUGUGAAGUACCAAUGCCACAAUCAGGAUAGUUAACACAUUGCAGAACAUUCAAAUAACUUUAACACAUCAGAUCAUCAAACAGGAAAAAUGUCUUUACAAGUACACGUCUGUGUGAAAUGCUCCAACAUAUAUAGUUCCGUAAAAUAUGGCCUUGUAGAAAUUUGUGCUCUCUCUACUCUUAUCACAGAUCAAUGAGCCAUCCAACAAGCCGACUGUACAAAGGCUUAAUCUGUUUAUGCCUAUUGUGUCCAUUGUAAUUCCAAAUAUCAAAGGAGAGUCAUUACUUACUGUACAGUAUAACAGUGAUAA